GGUUUCCUCGUCCCCGCGCCUCACGGCCACUCACUACGCACGGGGCUCCGCGUAGUGCCACUGCCAGUCGCGCUGCGACCUGCGCCGACGUCGCACAUCGUUCGCAUAUUUCUGAUCGUCACAUCGACCCGUCAUAUCAUUCAUGCAGAUCUCUGCCCGUUGAUUUACCUGCUGUGACCGCAGCGAGAAGACGCGCGACCCGCGAGUGACAAACAAAAGCGGCCGUCGCAUCCGUGCACUUUUCCUUCGGUAUUUGAACGCACGGAACCAGUUAAGAGUGAACGAUAGACUUUUCCUCGGAUGAGACCUCCGGCUUACCGCCGUUUUAGUGAUCCACGGCCUGCGAUGCUGCGCCCGUGACCGUCUCAAGACAAUACCACGAAACGUCAUCAGAUGAUUUCGGCGAGCUUGCCCGGCGAGGCGCUCGCCCAGCUGCAGCUCGGGCAGCUGAGCCAUCAACUGUACCCUCCGCCGUCGGGCGGCAUGACUCCAGAGUUCCUGGCGCCUCCUCCGCGCCCGUACGCGCGCUACCCCACGCGCCGCCCCGCACCCCGGGAGCCCAUGCCCGCACCCCCGCCGCCCAGCGCGCCAUUCCCAACCGUACCGGCAUACACACCCUUUCUACCGCACCAUGCUUCCUAUGCGUAUUUGUACCGAUCGAGGGCCCAGCAGUCUCCGAACUACCAACACCGUCCGUAUUCAUCCGGUUUCGUGCCUCCAUCGCCCGCGCCGGCACCGCAGUCACCGCCGGUUUCUGCGCCCGCCCCCGCACCACCUCCGCGAGAGGAAUCACCCAGAUCUCCAGAGCGCGCCGUUCCCGCUCCAUAUUUCUGUCGAGGUGCGCUGAUUCGACUUGAGGAUGGUUCGCUGAGGCGUGUCGAGGAGAUGCGCACGGAAGACUUUGUUAUGAGUGCAGAUCGUAUUGGUGAACUGGCACUCACACAGUGUACCGUCCUGAGGCUAGACGAGCGGGGUGACAAACUAGCACUUACGCUUACAUACGGCAGGAAUCGCUCUCAGGUGGAGUUAGAGUCGACCGUGGAACAUCCGUUCUUCGUGUACGGUCGGGGAUGGGCGUCAUAUAAACCUGAGCGUACGUUGGCACAAUACGGCCUGCGUGUACAUCGGCUUCAGAUAGGCGAUGUGUUCGUGUCAUUGGCCCCGAGAAAACAUGCGUCACCCGCGCCUCCCGCCCCCAGCUCUAUGCCACCGUCGGCACCUCCACAGACACAUCCAGAGAACCUUAGUGUCAAAGAGGAUGCCCGUAAAAGACGCUGGUCAGCCUCCGAUGUAUGCGAAGAAGACCAUCCACCCCUCAAAAAACGUUGAGUCAACGGGCCAUACGUCAAAUGUCCGAAACGUGUGGACUAUAAUUAAAUGUGUUGUGAUCGCCUUCGUUGCAGUUUCCAGCUGUUUUCCGACUGUUUUCAUUACAUCAACUGAAUUCUUGUGGACGGUACGUCACUAGUAAUUCAGUUGGUGAUCAAGCCGUAGCGGACUGCAGGUGUUCCGGCCCCAGUGAGUCGGGUUGCGUAAAUUGUGACCAUCGUUCUUGUUCAUUAUAAUUUGCGCAGUUUCUGCAGCGAUCGGCCGACCACUAUGGUACGCUUAUUCUAUUCGGGAAUUCUAGGUGCUUUUUACUGUCGGGUGCUUCUGUACGCGUUUGUGUACGACGUUGUAAAUAUGUAAGUAACUUAGGUCAAACUUAAAUGUUACACUCCAUGACUAAUUAAUUCACUGUCACAAAAGUACCGUUGGUUAUCUGCGUGUGAUUUGAUUGAAAACCUCUAUUAUUCUGCAUUACUAAAUUGAAAAAGGAUGGUUUUCGUGAAAAAGGUUAUAAUAAAGAUUCAAGUCUCAACUGUGUAUGAAUUAAGUCGGAUUUUUUUAAUGAGCACAAAAACAAUAAAAAAUAGGUUUCGAAACUUAAAUUAGGGUAGAAAUUGUGAUAACCAAUGAGAUUUCAAGAGGGCAGAGCGAACGUCUGUGUGCAUGACAUACAUGGCGUCGCAUUUUUAAGACAUAAAGGUACAAUGAAUGUUAGGUCGUAUGUUUUAGCAGUUUAGGGCUGACGUGUGCUUAUCUCCGAUUUGCGAUUUCCGUGUUUAGUUUUUCCAAGCAGUCAUGUCAAGGCUCCGUUUUUCUCCGAAGGUUGUGACUGCAAACAUAUCUGUGGUGAUUUCAUAGCGCGCCUAUAAUUUCUCUCACGCGUUAGAAUAGUGUGUAUCAGACUCUUUCCAUUGUAAUUCAUUAAACGAAGGUUGCAGAUUCUCUUGACAAAUAAUUGAAACGUAUUUUAUAAAUGUUGAUAUAAUGAUAGGUACAUAAUAUGUAUAUUGUAAAAAUUUGAUAUGUAUAGUGAUCAUGGUUAUUUAGAUGUCAUCUUUAUUGCUUUUGACGUCCAUGUGUGAUACACAUAAAACUUUUCUAUGAGAAGAUGUAUACAUAAUAAACACACAGUCUGUGAUAUUUUGUAGUUAUUGGUCGGAGUGGGUAUGAAGUAUUGCUUGAUUAAAAGGAAUAUAUGUUUUUAGGAAUAUAAGAACGUUAUUGGUAAGAAAUUGUAUAGUUGUUGUAUACUCAAACAAAAUGAAUACGCUAAAAAAAUAGUAAAA